UGCGCUGCAGCUGCCGCGCAAACCCGCGCAUAUCCCGUCAGUGCGGUGGUCCCCAGAGAGAGGAGCGCGCAGGGAUAUCCAAUUGGACUACCUUUUUCAUUAAAAAUAAAUAAAUCUUAACUAUAAUCGCUGCAUGAGAUAUUGUUUUCUUCCACACAGCAGGUAACCUGUUACUGGUUGGAAAAAAGGAGAGGAUGGAGGAAUAAUGAAAAGAGAGACCAAGUGAUAUUACCAGGAUUCUUUAUCCGCAAUGGGAGCUCCUUGUUUUUCCGUUUUUUACUUGAAUAUAUUAGAAAGGGAGUUUAGCUGAAGCCCAGCUGGAUCCAUAACGUUAGAGGUUUAUCCUAUUCCAGUAGGAGAGCUCAUGGCUGGACUCUAAACCUAGCACUCUUUUGCACCGUUAGUCAUUUUACUGAACUGCUGUCUUUUCGUCAUGGAGAAAACGUACUCAUUAACAGCCCAUUAUGAUGAGUUCCAGGAGGUUAAGUAUGGGGGUCGCUACAGCAGUGACAUCUUAAGCAAUGGCAUGACCCUUCACCUUGGGGGCAGUCUGGACCGUCACAUGGGGCGGGGACGGGGAGGGACCUGGUCUAACGGCCGGAACAGAGAUCUGAGCAGCACCAGCAGCAGCGGGGGUCUUCCUCGAUGGAGCCGGAGGGAGAUCUGUCUUCUCUCUGCUCUGGUCUUUGCUGCAGGCAUGUGUGUUAUAAUGGGAAGCAUGCUGGCGCUGAAGUACAUUUCUCUGGACUCCCCGCUGGACGCUCAGUGCAGAGAGGACUGCCAACGAAAGCGCUCCCUUCUGCGGGCUGCUCGCUUUGUCCAGGCCAACAUCGACCCCACCAUCCAGCCCUGCCAGGACUUCUAUUCCUUCGCUUGUGGAGGCUGGCUGAAGCGCCACGGCAUCCCUGAGGACAAGCUCAGCUAUGGCAUUAUCACAGCCAUAGGAGAACACAAUGAGGAGAAACUACAGCGCCUCCUCCUGGAGCCGAUUCGCAGAAGAAGCCCAAACUCAGCAGAACGUAAAGUCAAGGAGUUCUAUCGAUCCUGCGUCAACAUCCAGAGGAUUGACAAGCUCGGGUCUGAACCCAUGACAGAGCUGCUGGACAGCUGUGGAGGGUGGGACCUGGUGGGGGCCCCUCCCAGUGCAGCUGGGUGGGUGCAGGAGGGCGCCCCACAGAUGCCAGACUUUGAUGAGCUGCUUUACAGGACGCAGGGAGUUUACAGCACUGCUGUCUUCUUCUCCCUAACUGUCAAUGUGGAUGACAAAAACUCAUCAAGGAACGCCAUCAGGAUUGAUCAAGAGGGGCUUACACUGCCAGAGAGGAGUCUGUACUUGGGACAGGACGAGGACAGUGUCAAGAUCCUAGCGGCGUACAAGGCUCUGAUGGAGCGUCUGCUGAGCAUGCUGGGAGCUCACAAUGCCACGCAGAAGUCAAAGGAGAUCAUACAGCUGGAGACUCGACUGGCCAACAUCACUGUGUCAGAAUACGAGGACCAACGGAAAGACAUCAGCACCAUGUAUAACCGCAUCACCCUCAGGGAGCUACAGCACAUUGCUCCUAAUCUUCGCUGGAAACACCUGCUGGACAAAAUCUUCCAUGACAACUUCUCUGAGGACGAAGAAAUUGUGGUACUCGCCACUGACUAUAUAAAGAAAGUCUCAAACAUCAUCAGGACCACUUCAAAGAGGGUCCUCCAUAACUACAUGCUGUGGCGCAUCGUGGCGGCUCUGAGCGAGCACUUGUCCACGGCCUUCCGUAGCACCAUCCAUGAGUUUUCCCGGGAAAUUGAUGGCACGGAGCAGCAGCUGGAGCUGAGCAGGCUCUGCCUCACGCAGACCAACAAACACUUUGGCAUGGCCCUGGGAGCCUUAUUCGUCCAGCAGCACUUCUCCUCACAGAGCAAGGCCAAGGUACAGGAGCUGGUGGAGGACAUAAAGCAUUCCCUGGACCUCCGCCUGCACGAGCUGGACUGGAUGGAUGAAGCCACCAAGCAGGCGGCCCGAGCAAAGCUGAAGCACAUGAUGGUAAUGACGGGAUACCCAGACUUCCUGGUCAAGCCUGAGCUCAUAGAUCAGGAGUACGGGUUUGACGUGAACGAGAAGACCUACUUCAAGAACAUCCUCAACAGUAUCAAGUUCAACAUCAAGCUGUCAGUUAAGAAGAUCCAUGAAGAAGUUGACAAGACUGCAUGGCUUCUCCCCCCACAGGCGCUUAAUGCCUACUACCUGCCUAACAAGAACCAAAUGGUCUUUCCUGCCGGCAUUCUUCAGCCGACUCUUUACAACCCCGAGUUUCCACAAUCUCUGAACUAUGGAGGAAUAGGAGCCAUCAUCGGGCAUGAGCUGACGCAUGGAUAUGAUGAUUGGGUGAUGCAAUGGUUCAUGUUCUUAGGGGGCCAAUAUGAUCGCCAUGGAAACCUCAAGCAGUGGUGGACCGAGGAGUCGUACAGAAAGUUCCAGAAGAAAGCCGAAUGUAUCGUCAAGCUCUAUGAUAACUUCACCGUGUAUAACCAGAGGGUCAAUGGCCGUCUGACUCUGGGAGAGAACAUCGCAGAUAUGGGAGGGCUGAAGCUGGCGUACUCUGCAUAUCAGAAGUGGGUUCGGGAACACGGCCCAGAGAGGCCGCUCCCCGGCCUCAAAUACACUCACGAGCAGCUGCUCUUCAUCGCUUUUGCACAGAACUGGUGUAUGAAGAGACGAUCUCAGUCAAUCUACUUGCAGCUGCUGACUGACAAACACGCUCCAGAGCACUACAGGGUGAUCGGCAGCGUUUCCCAGUUUGACGAGUUUUCCCGAGUUUUCCAUUGUCCGAAGGAUUCUCCCAUGAAUCCUGCCAGUAAAUGCUCUGUCUGGUGAAUUCUGCUGCACUUGAUGACCCUCAGUUUUCAUGCUGGCGUCCAAAAGUUUACUGUCACUUCUGGAUCCUUCUCUGCAAUGUCCUACAAAGCCCCUGGAAGCAAAACUGUGUCCCGUUCAGACUCCACCAGUGACUGCUGUCAUGCAUUUAGUCAGGAUGGUCAUUUAUACACCAGUUUGAUUACAGAAGCAUGGAUGAUCAUUCAUUUGGUAUUUCAUUAUUUAUAUAUUUGUAAGUUUAGAUUUGUGUUAAAAUCUAUUUUUAUAUUUAAAAUAUAUUCAUAAUCAUGAGCAGGAUUCUUAGUUGUUUAAUUUUCUUUAAAGCAUUGAAUAAAAAUGAAAUUUAAAUGUCUAAAAUUAGAAAAACUUUCCUAUUUCAUGCCAGCUGUGCCCUUUGGGUUUUUUGGGAUGGACUUGUGUUCCAGUGCUGCCCUCUUGUGGCUGCAGAAGGCAAUGGUUCCUGUUCUGACUGUUGUGUUGUCUGCCUGCAUCUUUGAAUGUUUGUAAGGUUUUUAAGAUUUGUCCUAUUUUGAAAAACAACAUCACAGUGCGGCACCGAACAGAGGAUCUUCAGGAUUGUCUGCUCCUUCAAAGACGCAUAAGAUCCUCCAAACUCUGAAAAUAUGGAGGAGGAACGGUUUUUAUUCCCUGGAAUCACAGAGGAAAACGUGGCGCCGCAGAAUGAACCAAUCCUUUCUCUCGGAAACAGAAGAAUUAACAUCAUUGAAGAAGCGAGAACUCAACAAUCAAGAUGUUGGAGCUCAUAUUCAUCACUAAACCCCUUAUUACAGAACAUUCUGUUCAGUAAAGUGAACCUAUUAAAGGAGAGUCAUAGAUUUUUAUAGGGUGACAGGUAAAAUACUUUACUUUGGAAGAAAGAAUCUGUUGUGAUAAUGAGUUUUUUUUUUUUUUUUUAAACAUUUGGAGAGCUUCCUCAGGUGUUGUUGAAGUAAGUGCAUGUUUCUAUCCAUCAGAUUCUGAUUGAUAAAAAUGGAUAAAAUUCCACAAACAAAUCAGUCUCACUUCCGCUGCUGUCUCCUCCUCCUCCCUGUUGGUCGCUGUUUGAUGUUUGAAUAAACGCAACGGUUCAGUCUCUGUGCUGACAUGAUGUUC